ACCCCUUAGGCCCAAGCCCAAUAAGCCCAAACAGCGUGAGGGAGGGAAUUUCCCUCCACCGCCAUGGCAGCUCGUUUCGCGAGAUCGGUCGGAGUUUUAUCGUCCUCAGUCGCUCUUAGAUCGGCGGCCAGAAUUGAAACCUUCAGCCAUGGUGCGUUUAAGCUACGAUGUUCAUCUUAUUCUUCCUCUUCUGAUAGUGAAUUUCCUAAGCCUACUAAGAAAAUCACCGAUCGUCUCUCCGGCGUUAUCGACUCCGUCAACGACCGUAAGCUUCCGCCUGAACUUCGUGGUCAACGUAACUCCGUUAGGUCAGAAACUGAUAUUAUAAAUGUUGUUGAACAACGAAUAUGGCAUUCCAUGGAAGAAGGGCAAUUUGAGAACUUGCCAGGGAAGGGAAAACCCUUGGACCUCAAUACUAAUCCUCAUGUUGAUCCAGCUGAAGAUACCUUGUAUAGGAUUCUCUCCAGAAAUAAAUGUGCACCUGAGUGGGUUGAAUUGAACAAAGAAAUAAGAAGUAAUGUAGUUGAUUGGAGAUCAGCACUUAAAAAGGCAUGGACACAUAAAGACACUGUCGGUGAUUCUAAAUGGAUCGAGGCAUCCGAGUCUCUAAAGCUGCAGAUGCGUGACAUCAAUAACAAGGUUUUCCGAUACAACCUCAUUGUCCCCUUUGGCCGCCAAAUGUUUGUACUCAAGUGGGAGAAGGAAAUUGACAGACUGAACGAGGAACGUACAGGGAGCUGAAAAUUCUCUGGGUCUUGUUGCUGGUGCAGUCUUUCACUUGAGGGUGGAACUUCUAUAGACAAGGGUGGUUUCUUAUGUUCUUGCUUCUUGUUCUCUUCUUUGUAGCUCCUAAUCAGUGUUGUGAAUUGAGGGUUCUCAGUUUGUUGGCUUUCUGGUGUAGCCACUGUAGUCUCUGUCUUAUAAGUUUGAUCAAAGGUUUAAUAACAUUCCUAUAGCAUCUCGCUCCACUCGAUACAACAGCAGAAGUUUGAAAACUGAAUAGGAAAGGUAUGGCUGUUAUUUUGUUUCUGUUUGGACGUUUCUGUGCAGUGCCAGGUGGUUUGAGCUCC